AGCUGGGUCAGCUGGGAGACAGGCAGAGAGAAUGGCAGAGUCCGGGACCCUGCCCACUGGCUUCGGGGAGCUGGAGGUCCUGGCAGUGGGAACGGUGCUGCUGGUGGAAGCUCUCUCCGGCCUCAGCCUCAAUAGCCUGACCAUCCUCUGUUUCUGCAAGAACCCGGAGCUGCGGACUCCCAGCCACCUGCUGGUGCUGAGCUUGGCGCUGUCUGACUGUGGGAUUAGCCUGAAUGCCCUCAUGGCAGCCACGUCCAGCCUCCUCCGGCGCUGGCCCUAUGGCUCAGAAGGCUGCCAGGCUCACGGCUUCCAGGGCUUUGCAACAGUGCUGGCCAGCAUCUGCAGUAGCGCAGCCAUCGCCUGGGGGCGCUAUCACCACUACUGCACCCGCAGCCGACUGGAUUGGAACACGGCCGUCUCCUUGGUUUUCUUUGUGUGGCUGUCUUCUGCCUUCUGGGCAACACUGCCCCUCCUGGGCUGGGGACACUAUGAUUACGAACCGCUGGGGACAUGUUGCACCCUGGACUAUUCCAGGGGGGACAGAAACUUCACCAGCUUCCUCUUCACCAUGGCCUUUUUCAACUUUCUCCUGCCUCUCUUCAUCACAGUCACAUCCUAUCGGCUCAUGGAGCAGAAACUCGGGAAGACUGGCCGUCCUCCGGUGAACACCGUUCUGCCAGCCAGGACGCUGCUGCUCGGCUGGGGCCCCUACGCUCUCCUGUAUCUAUACGCAGCCGUUGCGGAUGUGACCUCCAUCUCCCCCAAGCUGCAAAUGGUGCCCGCUCUCAUUGCCAAGGCUGUGCCCACGGUCAACGCCAUCAACUAUGCUCUGGGCAGUGAGAGGGUGCACAGGGGAAUCUGGCAGUGCCUCUCGCCGCAGAAAAGAGAGCGGGACAGAGAGCAGUGAGCCUCUCCAGGGCGCUGCUCAGACCCAGGCCCACCCUGGCCACCCUGGACUGAGCCCCUCGCAGGAGGCUGCCCGGGAGUCCCGUCCAGCAGCCUCAGGAGCCAAGAUCCAGACACUCACCCACCAUCCCCGAUGGCCCUGUUGAGCCUGGCCCGAGGCUGGACACAGGGGAUUCAGAGAGAAACCAAGCUGCGUGGAAGGAGCGGGACUUUGGAGCCAGACAGACCUGAGUGUUGGUCGUAGCCGUCCCCACGGAGGCUGAGAGAUCUUGGGAAAGUCAUGCUCUCUGAACUCAGCUUCCUGACCCCUAACACAGGGAUGUUAAUAUGCACCUCAGGUCUGUCGUGAGACUUGAACAUGAUAGUGUGUACUCACCACGCACGUAGAAGCUGCUGCUCAUUAGAACAGCUGUUAGGACUCAGAAACUUGCAUAAAAAGGGGUGAAAGCCCCAGGUUUGCUUGUGGGAGCUCAACCCAGGCUGCCAGUGUUCAAAUACCACUUAUUAAAUUGUGAUCUUUGCAGGUGACUUACUCUU